GUUAUUGGUAUGUGCGGCAUCUGGAUAGAAAGAAAUAAAGUGCCCAUCAUUAGAGGUUCCACUGUUACAUAAUAUCCACUGCAGGACCUGAUAUCUGACGUGAAGAGUGAGUUGAGUGGACAUCUCGAAGAGGUCGUGUUGGGACUAAUGAUGACUCCACAAGAGUACGACGCAGCUGCCGUCUACAACGCCAUCAAGGGUCUGGGCACAGAUGAGAGCACUCUUAUAGAGAUCCUCUGUACACGUAGCAAUGAGGAGAUCAUUGCCCUCAAGAAACAGUACAAGAGUGCCUAUGGGAAAGACGUAGAGAGACGUUGCAUCGGAUACUUC